ACAAUAAACAGGACUGAAGUGAUAGUAAGCUUAUAAAACAUACCCACAACCCUCUUGCCUUUUCAUUUUCAGUAAUCAGAACCAAGUCAUCAUCAAGUCGGGUACUGCCACCCUCAAGUACUCUCCGGCCGUUUCUGUUCCUCCGGUGGAAAAUGGAGAGGUACGAGUUGAUAAAGGAAGUCGGCAGUGGAGGAUUUGGGACUGUCUCGCGUGCUAAAAACAAACAGACUGGUGAAGUUGUUGCAAUCAAAAAACUGAAGCAACCAUAUAAUUCAUGGGAGCAGUGCCUGAGUCUGCGAGAAGUCAAGUCAUUAAAGAAAAUGAAUCAUCCAAACAUUGUGAAGCUCAAGGAACUGAUCCAUGAAAACAAUAUGCUCUACUUUGUUUUCGAUUACAUGGAGUUCAACCUGUACCAGCUUAUGAAAGACAAGGAGAAGCCUUUCCCUGAAUCACAAGUCAAAAAAUGGUGCUUGGAAGUUUUUCAAGGCCUUGCUUAUAUGCAUCAGCGCGGAUAUUUUCAUCGCGAUCUCAAGCCGGAGAACUUGUUGGUCACCAAAGAUUUCAAGAUCAAGAUUGCCGAUCUUGGUCUUGCUCGGGAAAUCGAUUCCUAUUCACCCUAUACUGAAUAUGUGUCGACACGAUGGUACCGAGCUCCGGAGAUGUUGUUCCAGUUAGGUUUGUAUGGCCCUGAAGUUGAUAUGUGGGCAAUGGGUGCAAUCAUGGCCGAGUUGCUUAGUCUCCGCCCUCUAUUUCUUGGUACUAGUGAAGCAGAUCAAAUGUACAAGAUUUGCAGUGUUCUUGGGACCCCAACUGAGGAUUCAUGGGCCGAUGGGCUUCGUCUUGCACGAGAUAUCAGAUAUCAGUUUCCACAGUGUGGUGGUGUUCCUCUUUCUUCAAUUCUUCCAUCAGUUAGUGAUGAUGCAAUUAGUCUCAUUAGUUCGCUUUGUUCUUGGGACCCUUCGAAGCGGCCGACAGCUGCAGAGGCCCUCCGCCAUCCUUUCUUCCAGAGUUGCUAUUAUGUUCCUCCACAUCUUCGUUUUCACAAAUCAACAAAUCCUGGAGCAACAAGGAAAGCGUCGGGGCAGCAAAAGUAUCAGCCCCCUGGAAAGAGAGUCAAUCCUACUCUUUCCUUAGUGAACAAGAAAAGCUGUGCAUCGGCCGCCUCCCAUGAAAGCUGGAGUUCGAUGGAUUGGCGAGUCAAGAGAAUCAACCUUUAGGUUACCAAAAACUAAAAGCAUAACUAGUUUCUAAGUUUUACUUCAAGUGAACAAGUCUUGUAACUCUGUAAGUUGGCUAUACGUACUUGAGUGCGUUUUACCUUUGAUUCCUUGGCUUUGUUACCCUAGAAAUGUGAUACUAGUUGAUCAACAGAUUGAUACACCUCAUGUUCAUGGCUAAACUGUACAAUUAUGAAUGAGAUAGCUUU